GGUGAUUCACUUCAAGCCUCAAGUCCAUGUCCAGUGAGUUAUUAUUGCUGCUCCCCGAUCAGGUCUGAGUUCUCACCUAGCACCCACUGCACUCCUCAGCUCUUGUCUCUCAGCCUUCAAUGCCAGCCUUCCUACCCUGGGGUGAGGCCGGCUCCAUCAUGCAGCAAGUGGCCCUGAGCCUGCUCCUCCUCCUCCUGGCAGGUCUGCCUGCCCUGGACGCCAACGACCCGGAAGAUGAAAACAGUCCAUUUUACUAUGACUGGCACAGCCUCCGAGUCGGCGGGCUCAUCUGUGCUGGGAUUCUGUGCGCCAUCGGCAUCAUCGUCGUCAUGAGUGGGAAAUGCAAGUGCAAGUUCAGCCAGAAGCCCAGCCACCGACCAGGGGACAUCCCACCUCUCGUCACGCCAGGCUCUGCUCAUAACUGUUGAGGAUGGAUCCAUGAAAGAACACAGAGGGCCUCUCUCUUUCCCCAUGUCCUGGUCUGCAUAGGAACCUAACUCCAGGAUGGAAUCCCCUCCUCUCCUCAGACCGCCUUUCCAGACCCCAUCUCACUUUCACUGUAAGGGUCUCUUUGUCCAAUAUUUGAUUUAAAGUGAGCUUGCCUCCUGCCCAAGCA